UAUUUGUCCAUUCUUUCUUCUUCUUCUUCCUUUCAACGUUCGUUCUCAAAAUAGAUGUGUCCAACUAUAACAUAUGCAUACCUUUACACUUCUCCGGGGUGGACGGGUCGUGAAAAACAACCAAGAAGAAAAUCAAUAAAAAUAUAUUUUUGACGUAAGUCAUUUACGAAGGAGGGGGGGAGCUCUCAAAUAUUUAACCGUGUCACGACCGAAAGAGGGUGCGACCGAGCCGAAAGAAAAAGUAACAAGACAAAAACGAGUUUUCAACAUUGACCGAGAUUUUUUGUUUUUUUUCGUACACUCACGGAAGCUGUGCCAUAUGUUGGGCAAUCUCGGUCAGCAGCGUGAAUGCUGAACGCGGGUGUUUCUCUCGCUCCUGAUCUGCUGUUGUUAUCUCUUCAACAUUAGUAGUAUAUUAAUGCGCGCAACGACGGGAAUUGAGGCCACUAGAUCCUUGGCGGCUAUUAUAAUAGAGAGAAACAAUCUUGUAAACUAUUCGAAAAAGCUCGGCGUCACAUGUAAUCAGUCGCUUUGCAACUGGAGCGCGGGAUGCGCCGCUUUUUCUACUAGCGCAUUUGUCGGGAUUUUAUUAAUUUCGAAUCGUAUAUUUUUGCGCUCGCACAUGUUUUAUCCGACACAAGAACGAUGCGCACGCUCACUAUAUGCCAUCAGAGUUUGUGUAGAGGGAAUUGCUGUGAGGUAUAGCGGGGCGGAGGGGGGCAAGGUCUUUUUCCACCAUCCCGUUUGUUCUCUCUCUUUUCUAUAAACAUGGGCCAGCGGCGUUGGCCACCAGUCGACUUUACACUUUCACCGUCGUUGGAAGCAAGAGAGACGUCGUCCUCGACAAGUCGACGUCGUUGUUUUACCUCAGCAGCGCGGAAGACGGCGACGACAACCAUCAAAUUCUAUUACAAACUUUUAUUUCGACGGCGUCCAGUCAGAACUGUCGGAUAUGACGACUUGAGUCGAUCCUUGCUGUCGGAAAACGAUGACGUGAAAUCGGACAACGUCCAUUGCAACAAACUCAGCCGAAGUAGUUCACUGCGUCGUUCCAGCGAUUUGAAUUCGUCUGCGUCCUCUACUGUCUCACCGAAACCUUGGCGUCGUUUUUCAGAGAGAUUCAGUGGUGCCACCUUGAGCGCUGCCAUGGCGUCUGCUACCAAAUUGAGAAGGAACACGGUUGUGGCAGUGUCAACCGGCAAGCUGGAUCAAGUAGCCUUGUCCGUCGAUGCUCGUACUAGUACUGCACAGUCCGAGGAUCCAAUGACGAUAGUUGAAUCAGAACUUAUUACUAGUCCUAGUAACAAGGAAAACAAUCAGACUUUAUCGUCGACCGAAUCGCAGCAGAAAAAUCACCAACUGAAAAAGUUCAGUCAGAGCACUCCAGCUUUGCCGCAACUCCACUAUGAUCUCCAAGAUCUCGGUCAAUCCAAAUCGAAACAGAAAAAGUUCCUUCGUCACUUUCCUUACGUGGCCAGAGAUGAACGCGUCCUCAACCAUUAUUCUUGUGCCUUGGUUGGUGACAUCUUCUUGCAAGGAAACUUGUAUGUUACAUACAAUUACUUUGCAUUUCACUCGAAUGUCUUUGGCUUUGUCAGGAAGAUACUUAUUCCCAUGGCUGAUGUUCGCAAAAUAACCAAGGAAAAAACAGCCAAAUUCUUUCCAAAUGCCAUAGCCAUCACCACAGCUACGGAAAAGCACCUUUUCAGUUCUCUCAUGUCUAGAGAUGUUGCCUACAGGUUAGCAUUGAGUGUCUGGAAGAAAUUCCACUUUCCCAAUCGCAUGGGAGACUGCUUAGAUGGAGAAAGGGAACAUGAGGGUUCAUCACAAAAUGGAGAACAUUCAAGCAAUGAAUCUUCACAGAAUUCCGUUGAAGGCCUAAUAAUUAGUCCUGAAAUCGGCAGCGUUCAAAUAACUACUGCCACGGAAGCAACCUCGUCGGAUCCGGAUGAUUCGGCUCUCGAGCGUUCGUAUUCUCCUACACCUGAACGUGAAGAGGCAAAAGACGAAAGACUUUCUCUUGGACUGUCUUCAUCCAUUGCCAAAUCGAGGAAAAGUCUAAUGAAUUUCUUUUCUUCUCGUACGUCUCUGGUCAACGAAGAAGAUGGAGACGAUGACGAUGUAGUAUCAGAUGAUCUCGGCGAAACGUUUGACAACCGUUCAUCAAAAUUACAUAACAACCCUUUUGAGCUAACCUGGGGUUCCAGUGGCAUAUACCUACUUCUAGUCAUCCUGUGCCUGUCAGCGGGCGUACUGUGGUAUCGAAUAUUUCUGCUGCAUUCUCAUCUUGAACUGAGAUUGUCGCCAGAAGCGGUUGGGGACACGUCUCCUGUCAACUCUCUGUACUCUCCUCAGAUGCAAGAAAUAGUCGACAAUUUGCAUCUGCUACUAACGUCUCGUUCGACCAACGAGCAAAGGGAGAGAUCGACCGUGGCUUGAAAAUAGCGCUUUUCUGAGCUACUUCAAUCAAUGGCAAAUAUGAGGCAUAUUUAACCCUCCACUUAAAUUUCCUUUUCAAUCGACACGCGGUGAAUUUACCCAAGGAAUAAUCCCUACACACCAAAAACACCUCUACGUUUCUCUCGAAUCGCAUCGACAUUUUUCUUUUUUCUUCCUUAUUUCUGUUUCAAGGAACCCAACCGAAAAUAUUCAAAAGUCUCUCGAAUUGUUAUUCACGUCACAUCUCUAAAGCGAUAGCUAUAAUUUCGUGUUUUUACUAUUUAAUUAUUUCAUAAGAAGAGUCUAUUAUUGUACAUCAAUUGGAGGAUGCCAUGUUUUUUUUAUUAUUUGUGUUACUUUAGAACUCUUCGGAUGAUUAAUGACAUAGUCACCCAUUAUUGACAUAUCCGACAUUCCGAGUGAUUUCUUUUCUCUAUCGUCUAUAGUUCUAGUCCAGACUGUAGUCGGCAGAUGAUAAUCGACUGUGAAAAAUUGUAAUUUGUUGCGAGCAACAUCAUCACCUGCCUUAUAAUUAUGCCUCAGAUUUAAAAUACGACUUGUUUUUUUGUUGUUUCCAUAGCAAACAUAAAUUAAUCCGAGUUUGUUUUCUCUUAAUACCCCUUAUAUAUAUAUAUAUAAGCUUAGAUGGAUACUUAUUGUGUUUUUUUUUGUUUCCUUUUGGCAACGCAAAGAAAUACAGGAAACAGGAUGUGGAAUGCA